AUGGAAGCUGAGGAAGACUUCCCUCGUUCAAGCGAGGUGGUGCUGCAGCCGCUAGGGGAGCCUAGGCGGCGCAGUCGUACCGCGGCGCAGCAGGCUCAGGCACCGAGCCUAUUCGCCCGGCCGCAGCCUAAACGUUCCGCGAAGUUAGCCGAUCAGCGGGGCCGGCUUCCCACGCUCGACAGCCUCGAAGCCGGGUCGUUGCUCCUCGGUAGCGUCGCCAUCGUCGCACCUACCGGGUUGAGGAUCCACCUUCCUGGGGGCCUCAGCGGUUUCGUGCGCUCUUCUGACGUGGUAGACGGUGCGCAGUCGGCGAAGAACCGUCUGGACCAUGUCACCCAGGGCUCCUUCAGCGUAGGCUCGCACGUGGUAUGCUCCGUGCUAGAGGUGAAGAAUGGAUUCGCGUACCUCAGUAUGCGGCCUUCUGUCAUCAACAAGGGUUUAUCACUGGCCACUAUCACAUCCGGAAUGCUGCUUCCGGCUUCGGUGGUUGCCCAUGAAGAUCACGGCAUACUGCUCUCCUUCAACCUAGCGGGAACGGACGAUGUUCGGGGCUUUGCGAAGUACGACGAUGAGCAUCAGGCUAGUAAACCUGACGCGGCGAGUGAAGAUGUUGACAUCGGGGAGAGCGGUAAAACGGAUGAGAGUGCUGCUAAGGAUGAGGCAGCAGGGAAGAAUGCCAAAUCAGGCAAAAGUGUAAAGGCUACCGGUGGCAAGCAAGCUGCCAAAAAGGGACGCGGUUUCGACUCUUUGCGCAGCUUGCCAUUGAGUUCCACCGUUUACGUCGUCGUUGACUCUGUUAACGCCGCACGCAAACUGGUUUCGUGCAAGUGGCCGUGGCAAUGUGACACACCGGUCUCUAUGGACUGCAAGCUGCCCAUACUCUGCGUGCGUCCAGGACUGCUGCUGGUGGGCGAGAUAUCGGAUAUUCACUAUCCAGCGUCCGCACUAAGUGGUAACGCGGAUUUCAAGGUUAACUACGGUUUCGAUGUCAAGUGCCUGAAUGGCCUGACUGCGACUGUACCGGCCAUUCAUUCAGUGGUGAGAUAUUCACCCAAUCGUCCUGGAAGUGAAACGGAUAACGAGGAACUGGAAUCGAUGGAUGACAAAGAUGAUGAGCCUGAGACGACCAGUGCUGACGGUAAAGCGAAGGAGCUGAAGAGGAAGUCAAAGGUGCAUUUGCCUCCAGUGGCAGAAUCGGAUCCUCCGUUGGGAUUAGAGGAUAAUGUUGUGGGGCGCGUGUUGUACGUGAAUCACUGGCAGAAAACGGUGUACGUAUCGCUGCUGUCCGACAUCGUUGACUGGAAGGGCCCGAAGGGUCAUCCUCACCAGCUUAUAUAUAGUGGCCGUAAGACGUACGGCAAGGUGUUGAGAAGUAUACCCGGGCACGGUGUGGUAUUCGCACUAUGUAGGGUGAGAAACGAGGGACAGCUUGCUCGUAAAGGAGGACCCGAAGCACUAAAUUACACGUAUGGUGACCUCGGCUACUGCGAUCCGUCGAAUCUUUGUGACGAAGGUAAAGAUGACGCUGACAAAUCCAAGGGUGCAAAAGGAACGUCUGCACCUCAAAUCGCUCUGGCGUUCAGCUCGGGCAGCGUGCACGCUGCGGCAGAGCUGGAAUUCGAUUACCUGACGCGAUUUGUUCGCGUGAGCAUGCGACAGUCACUGCUCAGUGAAACCACGCUUUCGCCAUUUCAGCUCCGGGGAGGCACGUCCGUAAAGGGUGUGAUAACCAAGGUUUCAAACGCCGGUGUCACCGUCCGCCUGUCGAAGCUGGUUCACGGAAAGGUCCAGCUGGAGCACCUGAAGGACGUCCCGUUGCCACAGGUACCAGACAAUCUGGUCGUAGGAGGCACGUUGAAGUUGCGUGUGCUGCGAUACGACCACGUUCACAGCGUUUUGCUGCUGACGGCGAAGCGCAGCAUGCGCAAGGAUCCUACUCCUUUAACUUCGUUUGACCAGACGGCGGUGGGCAAGGAAUUUCUGGGUUACAUUUGGCGCGUUAAACGUUCGGGUGAGAAGGAUACGAAGUCCAAGGAUAGCUCCGACGAGACCGUCUACGUCCGAUUCUACAACGAGCUGCAGACAACGCUUGAUCAGAGCGAGUUACGUGAAGCGGAUCGCCAGGGUCUGGACCUGAGCCACGGGGCCGUGGUUCGUGCUGUGGUCACGCGCACUGAUGCUCGCCGGCGUGCCUUCUACGUGACGGUGCGGCACGACAAGAUGGGAUCGCUUAAGGCAUUGGCACGUGCCCGGUCAAAACGCCAGCGUGAAAUUCGCCGUGCGGAGUGCAAGAAGGUUUUUACUAACUACGUGAGCUCACGCAAGCGUAGAAAGGCCGAAUCCUGA